AGAGAGAGAGAGAGAGAGAGAGAGAGAGAGAGAGAGAGAUGCCACAUGGGCAGCAUGAAACGCAAGGUGAGGAAAUGUUUAGAGAACCGAGGGUGAAUGAAUAUUUGGAAGGACAGGAGCAACAGAAAGUGAGGUGUACGAGGAUUUGAGCAGUAGGGAGUGGGACAGUUAGAGAGAGAGACAGGAGCAACAUAAAUUGAGGGGUAUGAGAAUUUGAGCUUUAUAGAGUGAGACAGCUAGAAAGAGAGAGAGACAGGAGCAACAUAAAGUGAGGGGUAUGAGAAUUUGAGCUUUAGAGAGUGAGACAGCUAGAAAGAGAGAGAGACAGGAGCAACAGAAAGUGAGGAGAAGGAGAGCUUGAGCUGUAGGGAGUGUGAGAGAGAGAGAGAGAGAGAGAGAGAGAGAGAGAGACAGGAGCAACAUAAAGUGAAAGGUACGAGAAUUUGAGCAGUAGGGAGUGAGACAGUUAGAGAGAGAGAGAGAGAGAGAGACAGGAGCAACAGAAAGUGAGGGGAAGGAGAGCUUGAGCUGUAGGGAGUGAGACAGUGAGAGAGAGAUAGAGAGAGAGAGAGAGAGAGAGAGAGAGAGAGAGAGAGAGAGAGAGAGAGAGAGAGAGAGGAGCAACAGAAAGUGAGGGGAAGGAGAGCUUGAGGAUAAGACAUGAGAGGGAUAGAGAGAGAGACAGGAAAUGCAAACCGUUAGAGGAGAAAGAAAGCAGAAGAGAGCAUGUUAUAUUCACAGACUGACAAGUCACGAGGAAGAGGAGGAAGAAGUGACAUGUCACUGGGAAAGAAUUUGUGCCUCUUUCCCUGACUAUGAACAUCAACAGCAGCCAUGAGGAGCAUGAGAUCAGUGGUGAUGAAAAGGGCAACUUUGCAGAACACAUGGAUGAGAAUGGGAUCAUCGGUUUGGAUGAUCAAGGCGACCUGGGACCGGAGGAAGAAAGGAUUCUGGAAUUUGACCAAGAGCUGAUUUUAGGACUUGAGGAACAUCUGGUCUCAUACCCAGAAGCAUCAUCAGAUGAGGAGCUCUCUGGAACACAAAGCUUGGGACAGUUUAGUUUCUCUCAAAUUGCUGACGAGACCAGUGGCAUUUUACAAGACAAUAAUGAAGCUUUGACCUCCAGCAACAGUAUUACAGACAUGCUGGACACAGACGGACAUGACUUAGAAGAUCACCCGGAUGCUUCACUUUCCUUGCCUCCACCAACAAACUGGAGGCCCCCAAGCAGAGACCAACAACUUGAUAUGACAGAAGAUGAACAGGAUGGUGGGACCUCUUUAGGCAGAUCUGAUGAAGAUGAUGAAAGCUGGGGUCAUGAACACUCGGACCUUCCAUAUAAUAACAGCCCCAGCCCUGAGAGGUUUAAAGAUUACAAUCAAACAUUAAUGGAAGAAGAGCAAUGGGACAACCCCUCUAUAUCUUCAUGGAAUCAUGCUAACCCUAAAAUAUCAGCUCAUGAGCGCAUUGAUAUACCCAGCAUAUUGUCAGUUUCCCCAUCUCCACACCCUAUGUCCAAUCACUGGGGAAAUGAGAUUCUUAGUGAUCUUGGAGGACUGAAUAUUGCCUCACGUAUAGAAGAUGAGACCCUCCCAGAAUCCUCCUGCACAGACAGUGGUGAGCCUUCAAUUGCUGCUUCUUCUGGAAAUCGCCAAAGAGCAGGCAUCAACCAUACAAAAGUCUUGUAUCAGUCUAACCAUUCACCUUCUUUGGGUGGGAAGCACCGCUCUAGCAUUAAGCUUGCAAAAUCCUCCGCUGUUCCCAUUUAUGGUCGAGGGCAACUAAAUUACCCUCUUCCUGACUUCUCCAAAGUAGGACCACGUGUAAGAUUUCCUAAGGAUGAAAGUUAUCGUCCUCCCCAGUCCAAGAGAUUAGACUCAAAACCCCAAAAGUCCCCAUCCAUCUUCAAGUCACCAGCUGAAAUUGUCCGUGAGGUCCUGAUGAGCAGCUCGGAGAAUCCUACACAGGAACAUGCUACACAGCGCACUGUCCCUACAGAGUUUCAGAGCCCCCAGCAAGCCACUGAGCUAGUGCAUCAACUACAGGAGGAUUACCACAAGCUCCUCACUAAGUAUGCAGAAGCUGAAAAUACCAUUGACCGCCUUCGACUAGGAGCCAAAGUGAAUCUGUACUCUGAUCCCCCUAAACCAAGUCACAGUGUCCACAUGGGAACAGUGUUGCAGGGUUCUAAGGUCAUGGAAUUCACCAUUCCUCAAGCACAAAGGGGGACAUUUAGUUCUACCAAUGAUGGCGACGGAGUAACAGAGUGGGGGACAGGGCCCCAAAUUCCAGACCAUCACACUGAGAUCCCCACUGACAUCCCACAAGCUGCCCCCUCCCCUUCUUCUUCACCGCUCCACCCAUCAGAAGAAAUGGCAUCCACUCUAUCUUCUCACAUCUUUGAACUUAACCAGGAGGUUGGGCUUCUAGAGGAACUGAGAAGAUCUGGAAAACUGAAUCUAGAAGAGCAGCAACAGGCUCUUUUGGAGCUGCAGGGGUCUCUGGAUGUGUUACAACGCAGAUAUCUGAGAGCACGAGAGGAACACCGUUCUGGACAACCCCAUGGGAGCACAUUUCAGGAGCUUGACCCAGAGAGGGUCCUGGAAGGUGCAAUAUUUCAGCUUGGUUUUCAACUAGAUGAACUGCAGGAGAAUGUGGGAGACCAAAUAGCUGCCCAAGCAGAAGCAGAGCAUAAAGCAGAGUCUCUUUCUCCUUUGCCAAUGCCAUCCUCUGUGGCACCCAUUCCAGCUGUCAUCACUCCAUAUCCAGAGCAGAUCCCACAAUCAGAAGAUCCCGUAGGUCUGCUCAGCUCAGGUCUGGAUGCAGUUAACAAAGUGGAGGCCGGCGAGGAGUUGCCCCAGCCUUUGCGCCACAAACAGAUAGAGGUGGAGAAGGAGUAUGACACCCUUAUUUCCACGUACAACAGCUUUAAAACACUUCCUGAUGCACUGGGAUUAGACCAGGAUGAGUGGCCUAAAACCCACCAUGAGGAUUUCUUAACACAGGACACUCCACUAGACACCCAAUAUCAGGACCAACCACAUGAGGCCAGCUCACAUAUAUUCUCAUCGGAUGCCCGGCCAUCACAUAAGUUGCAGGAUAUACAACUUCGAAAACUUUCGCUUGAAACCACAGGACAGGAUCUUGAAUAUGAAUCAGUACCUCAUAACCAACGUCCACUUUCCAGACACAAAGACCAUCAGUGGUUUACUGGCCCCCAUGAUUAUCACACUGAUAAAAGCUUAAAAAGCCAACGGCGACCUUCAAGUCAUAAGAUCCAACUACAACCUUCAGGACUGGAGAAGCACAUGCACCCAACCAGGCCUCAGAGCAAUGUGAACAUUGAGAAAACAUCCGACAUUGGAACUCCGAGACAAAGCCAACCCCACAUAGAGCCACGUAGACUGUCUCAUGACCAAGUGAGUCAGAAGCCUUCUCCUGAAGGUGGAAGACAGUCAUCAAGCAAGAGGGUCCUGCAGAGCCCAAAGGUUGUCCCUCGGACUUCCCCUGCUUUGUCUCGGUUAAGCGAAGAAUCUCCCAGAAGCUCAACCCAUCAGCCAUCCAUAGAUGGCGAGAAUGCUCAGAGUGCCCGUUCCAAUAGAAGCAGCAUUAGCAGCAAAAGUGUAAGCUCUUCUAUCAAAGGAGAGAAGACACAGCAUAAAAAUAACUCUGUGCAGGGCAGGAUUAUAUCCCCAGAAACAGAUAGCGGUUUCCUUGGAUCAGAGAGUGCCAGCUCCCCCCUGCUACAGAGGAAGAGAAACGAGAUGAACCACCAAGGUAUGGUGGCAGCAGAAUUGCCAACGUCUUCCAACAGUUCUCCUGGGAGGUCCAAAAUGGGGGCGUUAUCCAGGGCACGCAAAACAUUUUUCGAAAAGAAGCAGCAGAAUGGACACGGUACACGGCCUUCACAGCCCAGUUCCCCAUCUCUGGGAUCCAACAGCCUUACAGAAAUUGAAAACCAAGAACAGAGCCCAAUCAGUGAAUCUGACUCGGAAAAAGUUGGGAGUCAUGCGAUGAUAAGUGAUCCUUACUUUGGUGGCCCCUUCCUCCUCUCUCCUAUUACUAAGCAUUCCCAGCCCCAUGGAAACUUCUUGGAGACUCGGACAGCCAGAGAUCAAGCCAUCCAGGAUUUGCAGAAGGAGGUGGUAGAACUUAGAAAGCACUUAGAAAACAGUCUGAACCGCACCCCAAGUCGAGGGAAAGCCAAUGAAGCUCAGCGUCCCGUAACCUCAAUAAAUCUGCAAGAAGAUAGAGUUGACCAUUUUGAGCCUGCACGGGUUGCGCCUAAAUUUGAGCGAUCAAAAGCCAAUUCUCCACAGAGGAGGCCAAAUCCAGUCAAGAGUGAGACAACUCUCCGUCCAGCAUUGACCGAAAAAGUAGCCCGUAGGGCCUAUACAGGAACCUCAUAUAGUCGUUCAGAAGAAAGAUGCAUCCAUUGCAGGGAACAGGUCCCCACCCAACCUCGUGAGCACAUUCCAAAUGUCAGGAGGAGCACCCCUGUACCUUCAGUGCAUUCCGAUGAAGGGGACACAAGCUUUUCCGAGCACCUUUCUUGUCCUUUGUGCUGCAGAGACUCUCCUGCCACCCAGAGAAAUGGAGUGAUCAAAAAUCCCACAACUAAACGUGGACGAAGAUCUCAGAUGGGUCCACAUGGAGGACAGUGGGUCUUCAACGAGACGCCCCCGCUAAGCUAUAUGCAGACUCCAUUCAUCUCGUAUAACCCCUCAGUCAUCCCUUCUCCCUACCUCAUGAUUCCUGCUGGAUACAGUAUGGCAGAACUCCAUUCCCCAUGUGCUGUGACGCCGCUCCCAGUGCCGGCCAGUUUGCAGUUGGAAGAUCUCAGCUUGCCACUAAACCGGGCAUUAGAAGCAGCCAAGGAACUGAAAAUUACCAGCAAAAGAAUGUGCCACUCCCUGACCACUGAUCUGAGCCUCCAGCACACACUGCGUCGCUCCUGCCUUUUCUAGUUGGGAUUGGGGGUGCAAUGUCUCCUUAGGGUAUGAGAGCACCCCAAAAAAGGAUGGGUUGUCUCCCAUUAAGUAAGGGGAUCACAAGUGGCCAAUACAGUUCACCUCUAGUACUUGAAGCGCUGGUAAGAACGAUUUCAAUUGGUGAAUAUUUUUUUUUCCAUUUGGUCACUCACUUUAGGGUUAUUAGGGGUGCAGUGAGCGUUUUACAGAGGUUUUAGAUUUAACCCUAAUGGUCAUUUUCUAAAGUGCUACAUGAGACAUUUAGGGGCCAAUUCAUUAACUUCGAGUGAAGGAAUAGAAGAAAAAAAAAUUUCGAAGUGUUUUUUUGGCUACUUCGACCAUCGAAUGGGCUACUUCGA